AUGGCUAGCAUUGAAGAAGAACUUGAUGUCGCCCUCAAGGCUCGCUAUGAUCUUGACAACCGACCGGACAUCACUAACGAUGCUGUCGACGAGAUCAAGAAUUCAAUCAUCUUCCAGUAUAACUGGGAAGAGUUGCUUCAGUCAGGCCCUGUUGCUCUAACCUCUAUUGGAUCCUGCUUUAUAGCUUGCACCUCGAAAGGUAGCGAUCAUAUCCAAUUGGAUCCACCCGAAGGCAAGGAGUACCAGCACAUCAUACACAAGUCGCUGAAUGCCAAUCUAAUGGACUCCGCCAACUAUGGCCGUGAAGCGUUUCUCAAGGCGGAACGUAACAUGUUGUUCGUCAAACAAGUAUCUGGUCAAGUGUCUAAAAGAGUAGCCAAUGUAGUGGAUAUCCUCAUGGAUGAGCAGGCGGCAAGGACGCGGCUUGCUUCACAGCUUACCAUGGUAAAAGUUGCAGCAGAUGAUUGCUACACUAAAGUCAAGGAAAUCGAUGAAAAAUUUGAGCGUUGGCUUCUGCACUGCAUGGAACUUCAUGCCGCCUGCAUACAGACGCAAUCCACCAACGCAGAGCGCCUCAACACCACAGAGAGGAACAUGGCGGUAGCCCAGACAUUUUUCGAUUCGCAGAAAACUACCGUCGACAAGACAAGAGAAAUCACAGAAAAUUUUGCCAAGCAAGUGGAAGUGGCUACUGAGACCUUCAAGCGAGCGUCCGAUGCAUUUCCCUCCGGAUGGGAAGUCCUUGGCCAGCAGUUGGUAGGCGCACUGGUGGAGACGGCUACCGGAGCACUUAGACUGACCGUCAAGGCCUUUGCCUUCGGCACGAACCCUGUGGCGAGUAGCAUUGAUAUGUUCCAUAAUCUGGUACACGGAGGAGAAAAUGGCCCUCCAAACCCACCAACACCGUCGGCGCCAAAGCCGACAGAACCACCCCAUGCCGAAGACCCAGCGAAUCUUUAUAUUUUGAGGAGCAUCCCACAUUUUGAACAAGUCAAUGCCAUUUUGACCAAAGGUAAGAAAGGUGGGGUGAACUGGGAAGAUGCCUCAGGCAAAGAUGGCCGGGCAGCUCAGAGCUCUUAUUACGUGAAGUCUAUGCUUCAGAGUGAUUUCGACGAUUUCAGAACAGUAGCUACCCGCUUGGAUCCAAGUCAGACACUUCUAAAUGCCUUUGUUGUCGCACUAAAGAUCACUACGGAGAUCCAUGAGAUCGUGGAAAAAUCUGCAAGAAUCAGCCGGAGCUUCCCUCAAGCCAACUCACAGGAAGUUAAAGACUGGCAGCAGCAGUGGCUCCCUGUUUAUUUGUCUCUCCAGAAACUAUUAGCCACGGCCCGUAGUCAGCCAGGAACAGCGGCUUCAGGUCUUCCAAUCAUGGCAGGCACCGAAGACCCUGCAAACACCAUCGGAAAGACGAAAACCCUGUCGGUGGCCCAGGCCUCUUUGGAUGCAGCCAAACACCGGCUCAGCACGACUCAAAAACACUUGAGCGCAACUCAAGAUCUAUACCAGAAAUCCUCCCAGAAGAUGAUCGAACAACAGAAUAAGCUCUCACAGAUUCAAGCUGAUAUUAAGAGGCUAAGCACGACCACGGCGGACCUUAAUGAAGUCAAACGCAUCCUCAUCCGAGCAAUUGAACUUAUUGCCCAGAUGAAGUCACAAAUUGCUAACCUUUGCCGCUUCUUUGGAGCGAUUGGUGCUACGGUCGACGCAGUCGUCAAGUACAAUGUGCAACCUUUCAUUGAUGAUAUCACCGCUAUUACAAAUGAUCCUACAGUUAAGCAGUCCUCCAUUGCUGGAUACAACUAUACCGAUUUGACUCGCACAAUGAUAUACCAGGCUGUUGUCACAAUUCAAGCUUAUUUUUCUGUCUUUGCCGAUAUUGCGAGCAUGUGGAGUGAGCUAUGCUCAGAGGAUAUCAUGCCUGGGCUGGAAUUGGUGGAUAUGAUGUCACAGUCAAAGAAUAAUGAAGAACAGCAGCUCAAGAUGGAUGAGCUACAGAAGUGGACGCAGAAAGCUCAAGACCACAUAACACAGGUGGCGGCCAAGAAGAGAGCUGAGAUCAUCGAUAAGAUGGGAGUGAGAAUCAAGAAUAUCGAGGCAACUACUAAGAUGCUACCACCAGCUCCAGCGGUCGAAGCGGCAAUAGAGGAGGGUACCCAGGCAGCCGCCCAAGCGGGCGAGGAUGAAAUUAUUCACAAUGCUGCUGCCUCGCCUCUGAAGCGGUUCUCAAUGAAGACUUAG